CGCGCGGAGGCGUCACGUGAUCAUCUCAGCCAGAAUCCAGUAUGGCGGAAUCUGUCCGCGGUUGAGGCUUUUCGCUCCGAAGGAAAAUUUAAACGCGUCGCUUUGGAGGAAACCGGCUGUCCGCGGGGAGGAGACUAGGGAGUGAAGAGAAGCAGGACAACUGGUGGGACUGGAUUUUAGCCCAUCAGGGGGCGUUAUGAGCACCUGAGAGCUCUGUCUCUCCACACCGCUCUCUCUUGUCCAGUGGGAUCAGCAACCAUUGGAUGGUGUUCCCCUCAAAGGCAUUUGGGGAGCAGUGAGGUCCCUCUCCACACCCUCAUCUGCCAGGAUACACUUCCUUUCUGACCCCUUCGUCUUCCUUUCCUGUUUCCACACACGCACACACACACACGUGCACACACAAACACAGGACAGCUGCAGAAAUGAGUUCCCAAAGUCACUCAGAUAGCUUCCCCAGUAAAGAGCAGCCUCUGGAGCUUCUCAAGCCGUCCGGACUCAACCACAUUCCCUCAGUUGAUGUGAGUGCGGUGUUGCCCGUUCCCGUUCCCCCUGCUGCCAUCCCGAUGGAUCUGCGUGUGGAUCAGCAGCACCUGCCCGUGUCCGGGGAGCAGCAGCUGCAGCAGGAGCUCCUGGCGCUCAAACAGAAGCAGCAGAUCCAGAGGCAGCUGCUCAUCGCCGAGUUCCAGCGGCAGCACGAGCAGCUCUCACGCCAGCACGAAGUCCAGCUACAGGAGCACAUCAAGCAUCAGCAGGAGCUGCUGGCGAUGAAGCAUCAGCAGGAGCUGCUGGAGCACCAGAGGAAGCUGGAGCAGCAUCGUCGCGAGCAGGAGCUGGAGAAACAGCAGCGCGAGCAGAAACUGCAGCUGCUCAAAAACAAGGAGCGUGGCCAGGAGAGUGCGGUGGCGAGCACAGAGGUAAAGAUGCGUCUUCAGGAGUUCGUGCUGAAUAAGAAGAAAGCCCUGGCCCAGAGGAGCCUCAACCACUGCAUGCCUAAUGACCCACGCUACUCAUACUGGAAAACCCAGCACAGUUCACUGGAUCAAAGUUCUCCUCCGCAGACAGGGAUGUCCACUUACAACCACCCAGUGCUGGGACUGUACGAUUCCAAAAACGACUUUCCACUCCGCAAGACAGCGUCUGAGCCGAAUCUGAAGCUGCGCUCCAGGCUGAAGCAGAAGGUGACGGAGCGGCGAAGCAGCCCGUUGCUGCGGAGGAGGGACGGCCCCGUAACUUCGGCCAAGAAGCGCUCUCUGGACGUGACAGAAUCAGCUUGUAACAGUGCACCAGGCUCUGGCCCCAGCUCACCCAACAACAGCUCCAACAACAUCACUAAUGAGAACGGCAUCACAAGCUCAAUCUGCAACAGUCCAGUGGAGCCUUCCCUGGCACAUCGUCUUGCCAGCAGAGAGGGUCCUGUUAGCCAGCUGUCUCUGUACACAUCCCCCUCCCUCCCAAACAUCACUCUGGGCUUGCCAGCCACCGGCUCCACCACUGUGGCAUCCGGCCAGCAGGAGGGUGAGCGACUGGCGAUAGCAGGCCUGCAGCCCGGAUUAUCCAUAACCACUCCGUUCAUCACUGGAGCCCAUCUUCCUUCCUAUCUGGCUGCCACGGCCUUGGAGCGAGAGGGAGGCUCCGCCCACAACCCGCUGCUGCAACACAUGGCCCUCCUGGAGCAGUCGCAGAACCCUCUGGUUUCAGGUCUAAGUGGUCUGCCCCUACAGUCACCUUCCAUCCAUAAGCUGCGUCCUCACCGGCCACUGGGUCGAACCCAGUCAGCGCCUCUGCCCCAGAACACACAGGCCCUGCAGCAGCUCGUGGUCCAGCAGCAGCACCAGCAGUUCCUGGUCAAACAGAAGCAGCACUUUCAACAGCAGCAGCUCCACAUCAGCAAGAUCAUGGCCACUAAACCGAAUGAGCCAGGCAGGCAGCACGAGAGUCACCCGGAGGAGACGGAGGAGGAGCUGAGGGAGCAUCAGGCUCAGAGCGACCCUGCCGAAGGCCUGAUGCGUGGAAUCACCAUCAAACAGGAGCCUCCUGAUCAACUGGAGGAGGAGCUGCAGCAGCGAGAGAGACAGGCAGAGCACGAGCUGAUCUUCAGACAGCAGGCUUUGCUUUUGGAACAGCAGAGGAUCCAUCAGCUAAGAAACUACCAGGCAUCGAUGGAGGCCGCCGGUUUGUCUGUCACUUUACCAGGCCACCGCCCACUGUCCAGAGCUCAGUCCUCUCCAGCUUCUGCUUCAUUCCCCAUUGUGGUGCAGGAGCCCCCGACUAAGCCGCGUUUCACCACUGGGCUGGUGUAUGACACUCUCAUGCAGAAGCACCAGUGUAUGUGUGGCAACACAAACACCCACCCAGAGCAUGCGGGCCGAAUCCAGAGUAUCUGGUCCAGACUGCAGGAGACCGGACUGCGCAGCAAGUGUGAGUGUAUCCGGGGCAGGAAGGCCACACUUGAGGAGCUGCAAACAGUCCAUUCUGAACCUCAUGUACUGCUCUACGGGACCAACCCACUAAGACAGAAAUUAGACAGCUCUGUGACACCCAUGUUUGUGAGGUUGCCCUGCGGGGGCAUCGGGGUGGACAGCGACACUAUCUGGAACGAGGUACACUCUUCCAGCGCGGCUCGUCUGGCCGUCGGCUCUGUGGUGGAGCUGGUUUUUAAAGUGGCGUCUGGAGAACUGAAGAACGGUUUUGCUGUGGUGCGGCCUCCAGGACACCAUGCCGAAGAGAGCACCCCCAUGGGAUUCUGUUAUUUUAACUCGGUGGCCAUCGCAGCCAAACUCCUCCAGCAGCGACUGAAUGUCAGCAAGAUUUUGAUAGUGGACUGGGACGUUCACCAUGGCAAUGGCACCCAGCAGGCUUUCUACAGUGACCCGAAUGUGCUGUAUCUGUCCCUGCAUCGCUAUGACGACGGGAACUUCUUUCCUGGCAGCGGCGCUCCUGAUGAGGUGGGCUCAGGGCCUGGUAUGGGCUUCAACGUGAACAUGGCCUUCACAGGCGGUUUGGAGCCUCCCAUGGGUGAUGUGGAAUAUCUGGCUGCCUUCAGGACAAUAGUGAUGCCUAUUGCUAAUGAGUUUGCACCCGACGUGGUCCUGGUUUCGUCAGGGUUCGAUGCCGUGGAGGGCCACCCGCCUCCUCUGGGGGGAUACAAACUCACAGCCAAGUGUUUCGGCUACCUGACCAAGCAGCUGAUGGGCCUGGCCGGGGGCCGCCUGGUGCUCGCCCUCGAGGGGGGUCACGACCUCACUGCCAUCUGCGAUGCGUCUGAAGCAUGUGUUUCUGCUUUGCUAGGAAACGAGUUGGAACCACUACCCGAGAAGAUUAUUCAGCAAAGGCCCAAUCUCAAUGCUGUGCGCUCCAUGGAAAAAGUUGUGGAAGCCCAUAGUAAAUACUGGCACUGCCUGCAGCGCAGUGUUUCGACGAUGGGUUACUCCCUGAUUGAGGCUCAGAAGUGCGAGACAGAUGAGGCUGAGACUGUAACCGCCAUGGCCUCAUUGUCUGUAGCUACCAAGAACAUCGGGAAAAGGUCUGAAGAAGAGCCAAUGGAGGAAGAACCAACACUGUAGAUGACAGGUGACCAACUUGACUGGGUGACCUCCUUUGGCUCGCAGCCUCUCCAUGGUGUGCGACCUCACUCUGCUCUCUCCACAUGUUUCAUUUUGGCCGCUCCAGGCUCCACGGCACCGCUGCCUCCGUGUGCCUUUUCAGCACCGAAAGCAAAACAGACCGAAGAUGUCUCCAGAAAAUAUCCAAGCACACCAGUGUGGAAAACCUCCGCAGUUGUAGUCUGUCUCUGUCUAGAGCAGGGUGUCCAGGCCUUUGCUCUGUCCGCACAGACGCCCGCCUUUCAAACAGGAUGUGGACUUGCGACUCACUGCUAGAAGCGAGAGCUGGUGCUUUCAAAAAAACAAACUCUUCUUUUCAUGGCCACUAACGUCCGCAUGGUUUCAACUGUGGACAUUGUCAUGGCUAUGUCCUCGUCUGGUUUUAUUUCUUGUCUCUUUGGUUGUUUUAUUUGGUUUGUCUUUUCUUGAGGAUGGAAAAGUGACUGGUGCUGUUUCAUUCCGAAUUGGGGGGAAAAAAAAAAAAACAUUUCUGAAAGUUACUUCUGGAUGCUUUUUUGAAAUGGUUGAGUGGAGAGGCCGGAGACAUGGGCAGGGUGGGAGAGAGGUUGAAAAAUGUAGAGGAUGUAUGGAGGAAGGCUGACAAAGCAGCUUGUCUGAAACCCCUCUAACACACACAAGAGAGACACUGAGAGCUUGUGCCUUUUUUUUACAGAGCCGGUGGAUUUAAUGAUGAUUUGAGAAGAACAUUGCCUUAAACUAGUUCCAUAAGGGGAAGGCCAUCGGGUCCCUCCGCCCCCUCCUCCAUUUUUUUUCCAGGAGCGGAAUGGCUGGAGGCCCGAAGGACAGAAAUCCCUUUGCAUGUUUACCAGGAAUGUCCUGCAGACUUGUGCGUGUCUCACACACAUUAUCAUCAUUUUAUUGGCAAUUUAUUUUCCUCUGCAUUUUUUCGAUACUUGCUUUGGACUUAACUUUGAAAUAACCAAGAAGGUAGUUGCCAGCCAUAUCCAGGCAAACAUUGUUGGAGCGGUUUUCAAUUGAUUUCUUUAGAUACUUUUGAGAGCAAGUGCAGCCCAAUGUAGCGACUUGUUCGAACUCUAUGACCAAAACUAUACAUCCGUCUCCGUUGACUCGCAUGCACUGUUACUGAACACCAUUCCCAGUAGACCAGUAGAGGAACGCAAACUAAAAGCAUGAGAUCUAACCAGUAGUUCGGUGCCACUAAACCGCAGGCGUACAUGAUAGGACUGUUAACAUGUUUAUCUUCUUCUACAACUUUGUGGUUUAUGAGAAAAUGUCGAAUGAUUGAACUAUUUAUACUUUUCCUGUCUUUCUCACUGCAGAUAUAAGACUUUUUCUUUUUUCUUUUUUUUUUUUAUAGGUAUGAAUGUCACAGUGUUCAUUUUCGUUUCAACGAAUAGUGCUAGCUAAUCACCGAUGAUAACCUUCUGUCCAGAUGGCCAGUUUUCAUUGGCAUCUUUCGAAUAUGAGCAUAAGGGCUGGAAAAACCAUUUUAAAAUAUACCGUUGAGCCUUCAGAUGUUCCAGCAGGUAGAUUCAGUGCUGGUGCCCAGCGUGAUGUUUUCUUGCAAUCCUAACAGCACUGCAGUGGACGUCCAUACAGCUUUCACUACAGGCAGGUGCUACUGUCUGGAUGGGUGUGAUUAUGUAUAAGGGAGAGACAGAAAGCGUGCACACGUGUUACACAAUCCAGGAAGUAAUCAGACCACCAGCCUUCACUCUGAUAAGGACUCUAAAACCAUGGAGACGGCUGUGACACUCCUCGCAUGCUGAGUGCAUACUGUAGGUAUGGAGCACCUGCAUGGCAGCAUAUGUAUGCAUUUAAUGAUCCAUUUACCUUUGUGUGUGUGUGUGUGUGUGUGUGUGUGUGUGUGUGUGUAUAUAUAUAUAUAUAUAUAUAUAUAUAUAUAUAUAUAUAUAUAUAUAUAUAUAUAUAUAUAUAUAUAUAUAUAUAUGAUAAAUAUACAAGCAUGCUCGCUAACAACUCCUUUCACUUUGACACUGAUUGAACACAUAUCACACUGUGGACUGAUAAAGACGGGCUGAUUUGUUUGAAAACCCCAACUCAUGUUCAGCCUCUUGGCAACUACCUUAGUCAUUGUACAAACUCGCGUUUCUUUUUUUUUUUACUUUGUAUAUUUUCAUACGCAAGCUGGGAGAAGGGCAUAUUAACGAAGGACGACAUGAUUUGCAGUGGCAAUUGUUUUAAAAGUCUUAUUGGUAUACCGCAUGACUACUCCAUUCAGCCAGUUAUGUUUCUCCUAUUUGGUUUUUUUUUAUACUCAUUUUGUUUGUUUGUUUUUUUGUUGUUUGUUUUUGAUUAUCCCUGUUACACUCUGUACAGUUGACAAUGUUGUUUUACAUGCUUAGAGAUCAUAGUUCUUCUCUUAGACAGCAGCCUUUUACACACAUGCUGGGGUUCUGGUUUUCUUUUUUGGGAGGGUGAAAUUGAGAUUUUUACUUUGUAUAAUGAUUCCAACAAUUGUGUAUUUACUAUAUGUUCUGUUUAUAGUAGAUUUAUAUAUGAAAAAAAAAUGUUCUAUAGAUAUAUAUUAUAAAAAAAAAAAAACAAACAAAAAAAAACAAUUACAAUCAUGUUUGGAAAAAAAAACAAUUGGAAGUGAAAGGUGAUAUGCUCAUAUAUCUGCUCAGUGUACACUCUCUUCUCUCCUCCUGGCUGCCGUCGGUUUAGCGCUGCACUGGUUCUACCUUUACAGUCUCAUGGCACUUCAUAACACAGCGACCUUCUCGAUGCGUAAUAUCUACUGAAAAAACAAAAAAAAUACCAAGCUCCAGCCUUGCUCUAUGAAUGUUCUGACAAGUUCGUCGGCGUAGACCAAACGAGAUUUUCUCUUUGAUGCAUCCGAUUUCCUUGCGCAGCUGAUUGCGUAUUACGCAGCUGCUCGAGUAAGCACUUGAAGUAAGAUUUACUUGUUAUUGUUCUACUGUAGCAUGAUCACUUAAAAAAAAAAAAAAGAAAGAAAAAAAAGCUGCAGUUCCUUUCUUAGUUUUUCACGCCUCAGUUCUUUUACUGAACGAUUCACACAAAUAAAAAAAAGUCACGGAUGGAGAGUUUCACCGGAGCUUUAAUCAGUGUUCUUAAUGAAGUAGUGGCUCAGAUGGCUCACUUGACCAGAACUCACACAUCGCUUUGUAACAACAGUCUGAACGAUGGCAGCCAUUUUUUUAUUUUGAUUUCUCCUCAAACAGGAUCUUUGUAUAUUUGGUUUCUCUACCCAGCAUUCAGAUAAACGACAAAAGAAAACCCACAUUCCAUUUAUUUUGUUUUCCAUUUAUUUGACCAUUUUGUCAUUCCUGCUUAUUUGCCAUUAAAUCUGGGCCUAGCUUGUUUAUCUUCGGGCCCGGGUACAUUUCUGUAUCGUUCUCUUUGCUCCACCUCUGCAUGGUUUAUGUGUCGGCAUGCCCGUCUGUCCUUGUAACAUAUUUGCACAACCGAUGAGCACUGUAGGACGAGACAUUUUUCUAGCAUCGGAGAACGGCUUGGGACACGACCGCUUACUCGUCUGUUCUGUGGUCAGGAAGCAGAAAGAACGAUGCUACUCGUGUCCGACAUGUGCUUUUUACUUGUUUAAAAAAAAAAAAAAAAAAAAAAGAAUAGAGAAAGCUAAACAAUUUCACAUUUGAAUAUUUUACAAAAAAACAAAACUAUCUAGCACUUGUGACAUACAGACAACAGAUUUUAUUGUAUUUAUGUAGAACUUUGUUUUAGGUGAACUACACACUACAUAUUAUGCCUGUGUGAUUAUAUAUAUAUAUAAUAUAUAUAAUCUAUAUUUCUCCCCCCACCUCCUUUGGAUGUAUUUUUGGGUUGAGCGGAGAGCAUCUGGAGUCAUCAAAGGGCUUUUUCCAGAUGUUUGACAGGUAUGUCAUCCUCAGCCUGUACUUCCCUUUAUAGCCAGUAAUAUAUCUAUGACCACUGUGGCUCGAGAGCAGUUCUAGGUUUACAGACGUAAGAAAUGCAUAUUAUUUUUAUCACUUUGUUUUGAUUUUCUUUCCAUUGUUACAGAAGACAUUUUCUUGGGACCUUUGCUCUAACAUUUGUCUUUGACAUCAACUAUAAAGUAUCUUGUUUUGGAAAA